AUCGAAGUGUUUUUGUCAAGCAAGUUAAAGGACCGGAACAGAGGUAGGAUUAUCCUGGGAGCGAGUUGGCCAGUCCCGUUCGAGUAGCUAUCGAGAUACGGGGGCUAUCUUUCUUCAAGGCCAGUCCGGUUAACGGACGAUCUUACGCUAAGUUUUCUUUUCUCUAUUAUUUUCAUAUUAAUAUUUUAUUUCUAAUUAUCGUUUCUAUUUUAUUUGUUCUUGCAUUUGGUGGUUUGUCUGGUGAUUUGUGAUUAAACUCGGGAUUUUUUAUCUGACUAAACUCGCAUCAUUAAUACUAUUUUUCUAACAAUCUUGAAGAAAGAUAUUAUUUCUCGAGUUUUGAAAAUCCAAUAUGACGAACUUGGAAAAUGCUGCUACUUCCGAAAAUGUUGUUGUUGAGAAUAAUGUGAAUGAAAUCCCUGAAAAUAAUGUUAAUUAUGUGUCUGUGACUAAUUCUGAAGACACACCUGAAUUUGUUGCCACGGGCUCUCACAGGGUUGAUUUGACCGGAAUGCCUGAAAAAUUUAAAGUCAUGGCUGUAAUUGAAAAAUUCCCCAAAUCGUGGGAAGAUUUUGGUUUGACUUUAAAACACAAAAUGAAAAAGAUAACUUGGAAAUCUUUGAUGCAUUCCAUUACUGUUGAGGAAGAACAUAAGAAAGCAGGUUACAUUGUUCCUGUUGAAUUUCAGCCAAAGGCUCAUGUUGUAACCGUGGGAAUACAGUCACAAAAUUCUAAGAAUAAACAAUCAUCAUCUUUUAAACCAAUAAAGGCCAAAUUAAAAAUUGCAAAGAAACCAAAGGCAAACCGUCCAUGCUGGAACUGUGGACAGAUGGGGCAUUGGGCCAAAUUAUGCCCAAAUAAAAAGGCUAAGGCUCAAUCUGGUGGACCUCAAGUCAACAUGGUGACUGGAGGAACUAGUUCUGAUGGCCAGCGGUUGGAAGAACAGUGAUGAUGGGAAACACAAGUGCUCCUAGUGUGCAUGGAGUUGGAAAAGUGGAAAUAAAAUUUCCUUCGGGAAAAAUUCUAUCUUUGCAUGGGGUGCAUCAUGUUCCCGAAAUUAGAAGGAACAUUGUUAGUGGUUCCAUUCUUGUAAGGGAGGGUUAUGAAUUGUCUUUUAAAUUAAAUAAAGUUGUAAUUUUAUUUGGUGGAACAUUUAUUGGCAAGGGUUACUUGUCA